UCAUCUUCAAAAGAUGGACUGUCUCUUAUAAUGGUUGGAAGCUGAUAUCCAGGGAUUGGUACUGGAUUUUUUUUUUAUUGUUUUGGCUGUUUCUUGGCCCAUUUUCAUGUUCCCUCUCCUGGGGGGUCAACAUGCCCUCUCGCAGCAAUUCCACCUACUCCCUGACGGGCCGAACGUCGCAUAGUUUUACCCACUUGCGUGUCCAGCGGGCUUGGCUGCAAAUUAUCCUCCUCUUGGGCUUCAUCCAGAUGAUCCUGGGGGUCCUCAUUGUGACGCUGAGUUUGCUGGUGACCACUUCCAUCCCUUCUCAACACCCCAUCGGGAACUCUUGUCCUAUCUGGGCCGGCUUUCCGCUGGCAUUCUCUGGCGUGGUCGGCAUCGUUUCAUGGAGACGCCCUUUCACCCCUGUGAUCACCUUCUUCACCCUGCUGUCUGUCUUGGGGGUGAUGCUCACCCUAGCGGGCUCCAUCCUCUCCUGCCAACACGCCCAGCAGGUGAAAUCCUUGGAGGCCUGCGAGCGGGUAAGACAGCGAGACGGAUCCUCCAUCCCCAAGGAGCUGGGAUGGCGACGGAGCCUGAAAGCCCAGACUAGUUUCCUAUAUAAGAAAUGCAUUUAUUCACCUUCAGAAUCGGGGAUUCCCGCCUGCGGCAAUAAAGCUGAAGCGGAUUCGAAUUGUUCUAGGAUUCUCCUGGUCCUCAAAGACCUGCUUUUCAGCAUCUGCGGCUUAAGCAUUUUCUCCAUUGUCGUCUGCACCGUCUCGGCGAUCAUGUGCUGCAUCCAGAUUUUUUCCGUUGACAUCCUCCAUGUGCUUUCUCCACCCCGGUCAAGCUCCGUGACCCUGGACUGUACAUCUCCGCCGGACACGUUCUUGCACCACAUGUUGGAUCUGGAUGAGUUUGUACCACCGGUUCCACCACCGCCAUAUUAUCCCCCAGAAUAUACCUGCAGUUCAGAGACGGAUGCCCAAAGCAUUACCUACAAUGGUUCCAUGGAUAGUCCUGUGCCCCUAUAUCCCACCGACUUCCCUCCAAGUUACGAGGCUGUUAUGGGGCUCCGUGGGGACAGCCAGGUAACACUGUUCGACUCCCAGUUUACGGACACAUCGCACGGGCCGUGUUCCUGCAACCAGGUCCCUUCUGUUGUGCUUAGUGGUGAAGCGGUCUCCAUGGACAGUAACUCCCUGGUCAUGUCGGAAAUUGUGGACAUCCCUGGGGACAGCAGCCCGUCCGAGGACUCGUGCCUGUUGGAAGCGAGCGGAUCGGUGUGCUCGGUGGACUACGUCCUCUUCCGUUCCAUCCAGCGCAGCAGAGCUGAUUAUUGCCUAAGCAUGGACUGCGGGCAGUGCGGACUUCAUCCUCAGGGUCCUUUUGAGGACGUCCCCCAGGCGCGCCUGCGGGGAGAACGCUCCUUCUCAUGCUCAACGCCGGGCACGGUAUAUGAGGGCCUGCUGGAGGUCAGUAGUGCUCACACCCACAGCUGCCACCGCCUGGAAGGUCUUGGCCAUAGCAUGGGGCCUUGUUUCCCAGAAGUGCGCGUAAAAGCCAAGACGUCGGUGUCAGGACGCAAAGGGCCUAGACAGCAGCGCCGGAGCAGCGAAACGUCCUGCCAGUCACCCUUGGUCCGUUGUCCCCUGCUGCGGUCCCACAGCGAUCCUGGAAUUGCCAUGCCCGGGGAUGCUGAAAGUGAUUACCAAGAAGUAUUCUGCACUAAAGUGUCUGGGGAUGAUGGAUCUAAUUCCUCAGCUCAUACAGGGCCCUGUUUGGAGGCCUGCCUCUUGCACCCAUUGCUCUGUGACCCACCAGAGGCUCACUCAGCCGGAAAGGCCAAGCUGGAACUCCCACCGAAGGUGCCCCAUCACCUAUCAAAGACGAUCACGCGCUCCUUGGGGGACCUGAAGGCGUGCCGUGGCACUCGCGGACUGAUGGCCCGUUUCCUGCACAGAUCCAAACGCAACCUGUCCUUGCCAGGAGCAGAAAUGGCUUCUCAUGGUAACAAGCAGGCGUUACGGCUGGGGAGUCGUGCCGAGGGCAUCCAUCUGCAGAGCUGCGGAGACCUGAACUCGUCCUCCCCCUUGCGGCGUCUGCUGUCGGGUCGCCGGCUGGAGCAAAGACGACCCUGUAGCCUUAGUGGACUUGUCAGGGAAAGCAAUCUCUGAAGAUCAGCUCCGGUGCUUGCCCUCCGCGGAGGCGGAUUCGGCGCGACAAGCCCGCAACGGAGAUCCCGGGGAAUGGACCGGGGC